AUGUCGAACGCGUCUGUGACACCGCCGAUGCGCGUAUCCGGAUGGAAUAUCCAUUUUUUAGCUACGUCCGCAGGCGUCCGAUUUGCUGGCCUGUUCCGGCUUGAUGGUUUCGAUAUUACCUACCGCGACGUCUUAACUGAGAUGCGUUUAUGCUUCGAUAUACCAGACAGUAUAUCUCAAGAUGGACAGACUAAUAGCCAGGAUGAAUAUGAAGAUCCCUGGGAUAAUCUUGCCUUUGCAUUUACCGAUUACGUGAAUCUACCUGCGGGCGAGGCGUCUAAUCCUCCUGCCACUAUUAUGACUACCGAUCUUGACCAGCUGGUGCCUCUUCCUCCGCCUGCAUUGCCAACGAACGUAGAGGAGCCACCUAUUAUACGUUUUCGCCUUGUUCGUCACCGCUCCUGCGACCUACCGAGCACUGCACCAUGGGCAUCACACUUUAAAGGUGGCUGCGCGCAUCAUAUCCCACUACCUACACGCCGUAGAGAUCCCCGCUACCUCCCUCCCAAAAUGUCCUCGACUGAUCCCCGAAUCACUUCUUUGCCACUUCGAAAGAGAGCAGCAGUACAGAGAAGCUCACGAUCGCCCUCCAAGCGCUCCGCAUCCGGCUCUGUGUCCCCUGAUAAGAACUCUGAGUCAGGCCAGCUGCCCGUGCAUGAAGAGGAAUCUUUGGCCAACAUGGUAGCGCCGCCUGAAAUGGAGAUCGCACCCGACUUCGGCCGUCAGACUAUCGCGAAAUUUCGAUCGUCCCUUCUUACGUUCGCUCGACGGUGUGCUGUAUCAGGCAAGGGUCGGACUUGGUGUUAUAGCCCUGCUAUCGGCCCUGCCGUACAGGCAUGCCACAUCGUCCCUCAACAGCACUAUCACCUAUAUCCUGAUCCUCUUCUUGACCCUCAGAGCGAUAAUGGUCUCGAGCUUAGUCCACAGCGUCUGCUCAAGGCUUGGGAAUGCACCUGGGCUUUCCGCAAUGGCAUUCUUUUACUGAGUCACCUCCAUGAACUCUUCGACUCUAGGCUAUUCUCUAUCCACCCAGAUACAUUGCAGAUCCGCGCCUUUGUGCCCUACGAUGUCAUCUGCGACUAUCACGGGCGUACAGCCGCGCUGGGGGCUUAUGUUGAUCGCAAUGCCUUGCGCCAUCAUUACGAGAUGUGCUGUAUCGAGAAUAUGGCUGCCGAGAUGCCAUUACGGGACCAGCUUUUUGCAUCUGAAACUGAGCCGACCACGCCCAGCACGGUAUCGCUUAUUAAUACUAGGGCGACAUACCAAUUCAUAUCGACUUCAAUAGGUAUACGUGAACAGCUGCACUCUGGAGAUAAUGAUCAGUCAACUCGGCGCCCUUCUGGUGACCCGUCUAAAAGGGUGCGAGCUGUAAGUAUAUAUGAAGAAGAGGACGGAAUAUCGGUUCUAGAUGCACCAGACGAAGCAGUUUACGAGCCUACACAAAAGAGAAGACGGCUUGAAGAAUCACUUGGGGAUUGUGGUGGAAAUAUAAGCUCCCAAUCAGCUUACGAUAGCUAUAUAAAGCCCACUACCUCAGAGUAUUUCCUCGCUGAUGUGAACUGGAAAUUAAAGAAAUUCACAUCUACUUAG